CUUUAAUAGGAGAACAUGUCUAGCUGGCACAUCGAAGACCCGAUGGACGGAAUCUCGGGCGAGCUGUCCAGCCAACACGGGGCGCUGCGGUCGACGCUGCUGUUUUUCAUGGCGGUGUCCUGGUACAACGUGAUCGAACUGGUGGUGCUGGUGCUGACAACCUUCCGACGCUGGCGGGGACUGUACUUCUGGAGUCUGCUGCUGUCGGGAUGUCUGGGCGUGGCGCCAUACACGGUGGGCUUCCUGCUCAAGUUCUUCAGCCACGUUUCGUCAACGGUGACAGUGACGGUGCUGACAGUGGGGUGGUGGGUGAUGGUGACGGGCCAGUCGCUGGUGCUGUACUCGCGGCUGCACCUGGUGCUGCGUGACGAGCGACUGCUGCACCGCGUGUUGGCGCUGAUCAUCGCGAACGUCUUCCUGCUGCACAUCCCGACGACCGUGCUCACAUACGGUGCCAACGUCAUCCGCGGGCCCGCCUGGGUGCGCGGUUACAAUAUCAUGGAGAAGCUGCAGCUCACGGGCUUCACCCUGCAGGAGGUGCUGAUCUCCAUGCUCUACAUCUGGGAGACCGUCAAGCUGCUGCGCAUGUGCUCCGCCCGCGAGAACCGCAAGAUCAUGCGCCAGCUCGUCGGCAUCAACGUCGCCAUGCUCAUCAUGGAUCUGGUCCUGCUAAGCCUCGAGUACGCCAACUACUACGCCAUCCAGAUCAGCCUCAAGGGCGCCGUCUAUAGCAUCAAGCUGAAGCUCGAGUUCGCCGUCCUCGGCCGUCUGGUCGCCGUCGUCCACAAUCGCCAUCCCCCCGCUCCGCUCGACGGCGACCUCCAGCUCAGCCAGUACACGGAGGCGCCUGAUAGUCACCACGGAUCCGGGAUCGUCUUCAGCUCCCGCGGGCUCCUCCGGCUCGUCCAGAUCGUCCGGCUCGAGAGUGGUAGUAUCACCACCGUCAACAGUGGGCGCUUCAACCUCUCUCUGAUCACUCACUCUCACCUCCAAAUCUCCCUCUCUCUCGCCAGGAUCCCUCGCUCCAUCCCAAACAAAUAA